AGUCGGCGGAGAGGUGCAUUCGGGCGGGGACGAAGGAGUUUCAAAUAAAAUCUAAUUGGAAAUAAGUGUCAGGUUGUUAGACAGUAAGUGAAAUGUUUAAUGGAAACCCGCGCUUUGUAAUGUCGGAUUUAAAAUGGCGUCAUAGGCUGUCUGUGCAGUCCAAAGCGGUGCUAUAAGUGACUGUCAUUGUUUUUGCUGAGACUAAAAUGGUGGACUUGGCUGCAGAGUCGCUGCAAACAAGCUAACAUGACGCUGUCUCGUGCAGCCUGAAAGAACUCUGAAUCCUAUAAACUGGGGACGUAUAGUACCUUUUGGGAUCAACAUGGACAGGGCUGCCUGGACACAUGGUGAACAGGCAAUGUCCCCCCUUUAAUCACAGCGGAGGACUUUGGUGAGUGCCUCUGCCUCGCCAUGACUAUGCGAACCGCUGUGUUCAAGAGAGAAGGAAACAAGCUGGACACGGACCCUGGUGACCAAGCUAUAAAACAAGAAUCCCAGACUGGCACAAAGAAGGAAGCCUCUGAAUGUUUUAUGCGUGUUCCUGGCAUCCUAAGCAACAUUCACAAUAGCACUGGGCAGCAUUUUCACAGCAAGGCUAAGACCCUUUCAACCAGCCACUGCACCACAGGGAAACCUGUUCUGUCUCCAGCAUUGAGGAGGGGACAGGAGGAGAACUGGGUGAACCUGGGGACUUUGACUUUUCCGUUGACUAAGCAAAUGGGGGCUGAGGGCGCCCCGGUUAAAAGCAAGUCACUAUUCGGACACACCAGUCAUAACCACAUGGGCAAGAUGGAUCCAGUGGCAUCAAAUGGUAGUAAGCAGCCUAGGAAGGCAGUGCCAGGAGGAGGAGUGGCAGGGGCAGGGGUACCUUCACCAGAACUUGGCUCUGAUGGAAAACGGCGGAGUGCGAUGAAGGGCAUAGGCCACGCUGCCUCCCAGACCAGCUGCAUCCGUCAGAUCUUGCUGCUGCAACUAGAACUGAUUGAACAGCAACAGCAACAAUUGCAGAACAAGAACAAGGAGAUAGAUGACCUCAAAGCUGAAAAGGAGAUGCUUGCAGCACGGAUUGAGCGCAUGGAGCGGCGGUUACAGAUGGUGAAGAAGGAUGGCGUUGAGAGUCGUCCCACUCCUCGCCGCAGGGAGUCUGUAGAGGCUGUCCCGUCAGCCAGCACUGGGCAGUCUGAGGGUCAGUGUCAUACCCCACAACAAACGAAUUUUGAAAGAAUUGGCAAGAACCUGAAAAGGAGAUUCCUUUUUCAGGAAUCCACGCUGUCAAGGUCUAGGCGUGGACAUUCUAAAACCCCCCCUCCUAAAGAAAGCCAAGCUGUGGAGGAGGCGUCUCAGGAAGAGUUGGUCCCUGAGGUAAUUUCACCUGGUUCCUCCCUUGUCGAAUCAGAAGAGCUGCCAUACAUGGCUACUUCUGAGAUGUAUCUCUGCUGCUGGCACCAGACUCCACCUUCACCAUGGCGAGAUCAGUCUCCUGUGCAGGAAGACACAGUUGCUGUCCCUUCUUGGCGAGAGAGCAUUGUGGAGCCUCUGGAAGAUGAAAAGGGAGUUGAUGAUACUGAGAGUCUGGAUGACAGUGUCUUUCUGAAGCGCCAUUCAAAACUAGAGCUGGAUGAGAAGAGGCGAAAAAGGUGGGAUAUUCAGCGGAUUCGGGAGCAGCGGAUGUUCCAACGCCUUCAGCAGAGGAUGAACAAGCAGAAAGUGAUUCAGGAGAGUGAGCCAGAGAUGCUCUCCUUUUACCCUGACCCAGAAGAUGUGGAGUCUGUAAUGAUUACACCUUUCCUGCCAGUAGUGGCAUUUGGCAGGCCUCUACCGAACCUUAAACAACAGAAUUUUGAAAUACCAUGGUUAGAUGAGCGUACCCGGCAAGAAGGUUCUAAGAAGAAGACGCCCCAUCGGACCUGCCGCAAAUGAAGCAGUCCUCCUUCAUUUACCACACAAUGUUAAAAAGAAGCUGAAUCAUAUUGACUGUUUUGUGGUAUAUUGUGUGCUAUUGUAUCAUCCUGGCAACAUUAUACAUAGUUGAUUGGCCUGAAGGCACUUUCACUUUUCAAAGGACUACUAGAAUCUGAAGCAAGUUGGGCAUCCUGAAUGGCACAUCAAGAUUGAUUAAGUUUCAGUUACAUACUUGCUGUUGCACUGCAAAAUGUGGCAUUGAUAUGUUCUGGUUGCUUUUGUUUUUUUUUCCCCCAUGCAAGUUCGCUUUUGAAAGUGCAGUACAGACCAAAACUCUCAUCUUAUUCAAAUUAUUCAAAGUUUAACUGAGACUGUUAUUUAAUCAGUGUUUUUGCCUUUCUGUUCAUGAAUGAGUGACUUCAAUAUAGACAAUAUAGUGGAACAUCUUGUAACAUAGUGUUGAUUCUGCAAAUAAAUGAAAGAUAUUCUAA